AUGCCAUUCCGAACCUUCAGUAUCGUCACCAGUAAGGACACGACACUCUCGGGUCUCACCAUUGACUCGAGAGAUGGCAACGGCUUGGCCAAGAACACGGACGGCUUCGACCUGACCAAGAACGACCACAUCACGAUCACCCACAACAAGAUUUACAACCAGGACGACUGUCUCGCCAUGCAGUCCAGUACCAACACGGUCUUCAGCUACAACCUGUGCUGCGGUGGCCACGGUAUUUCGAUCGGUUCACUGGGCGGUAACAGUGUUGACCAGUCAACUACCGUCGAUGGUCUCACAGUCGAAGGAAACACGAUUCAGAACAGUGACAACGGCGUGCGUAUCAAGACCAUCAUCGGACUGAAGGGUCUGGUUUCGAACGUUAAAUACAUCGACAACGAGCUCUCGAACGUCAAGAACGCCGUCGUCAUGCACUCAGACUACAGCAAGGCCAAAGGCGGCUACACCGGCUCUCCUACCAGCCAGGUUACCAUUUCAGGUGUCACCAUUUCGGGUCUUACGGGCUCGGCGACGAACUUGUAUGACAUUGUCGCUAACCCAAAGGUGGUGUCUGGCUUGGACUUCUCGGGCGUGUCUGUGAGUGCAUCGGUCAAGGGCAAGCUUGCUGGUCUGCCCAACAGCAUCGAUCUUUGA